AUGGCUCUCUUUCUUGUUAUCACGUUGGCGCUGGCAGCUGUAGUUCACGCUGCAGCUUUAGCCGCCAACUAUCCCGUCAACUCACAACUACCACCUGUCGCGCGUGUCUCUCAACCGUUUAGAUUCGUGUUUGCCGCUAGCACUUUUUCAAACACCGAUUCCGAUACCAAGUAUUCACUCAAGAACGCACCGUCAUGGCUCGAAGUCGACAGCGCCAGUCGUACCCUCUCAGGGACGCCGGACUCAACGGAUAGCGGAUCAAAAUCAUUCAAACUUGUCGCGUCAAAUGGCUCGGAUUCUGCCAGCAUGGAUGUCACUCUGAUUGUCACAUCGGACCAAGGUCCGACAGUGGGUACGUCUCUUGUAUCGCAACUUCAGACCGUAGGUCCUGUCUCCUAUCCUGCCACUUUAUACAUACACCCCGGUCAGCCGUUCUCAAUCGAAUUCGACCCGAGUACCUUUCACAAUACCCACCCGUCAACGAUCUACUACGGAACCUCGCCCAACAAUGCUCCACUACCAUCAUGGAUCGGCUUUGAUCCCUCACUGCUCAAAUUUGCUGGAAAUACCCCGGCAUUCCCCGGCUCUGGCUCCCAGGAGUUUACUUUCCAGUUGGUUGCCUCGGACGUGGCAGGCUUCAGCGCCGUCAACCAGACUUUUCAGCUCUCUAUCGGACCGCAUAUCUUAGCAUUCAAUGAGACCGUACAAACAUUCAACCUCACCAGAGGCGAAACGUUCAAUAGCCCCAGUUUCGAAAGCUUCGUUACCAUGGACAGCUCGCCGAUCUCGAGCAAAAGCUUGACCUCGGUUGACGCUGAACUUCCAGAUUGGUUGAGCCUUGACAAGAAUUCGAUUUCUCUGAUUGGCACACCGCCGAAAGACGCUGUCAACAAGAACGUCACCAUCACUGUGACAGACACUUAUUACGAUGAGGCGAAGCUUAUGGUUCGCUUGGAGUUUCUGGAACUUUUCCUGGAGACUGUCAAAGGCUGCGAGGCAACCAUCGGCGAGGACUUUUCAUAUGUCUUCAACCAGUCAAUAUUGACUGAUGAUUCGGUGCAACUUGACGUUGAUCUGGGGGAUGAUCUUCCCUGGCUUAGCUAUAAUCCUGCCAACAAGAUACUUUCGGGGCAUGUUCCAUCAGAUGCACAGCCACAGACGUUUACCAUUCAUUUAAAGGCAUCCCAAGGAUCAACUGAGAAUCGACGGGACUUUGAACUCGAUCUUCUCGAGCCAUCCGAGACUCAUUCAGGCGGCUCUGGCUCCUCGGAUCCUUCUAGCCCUUCGCACCAAAAGGCGGGGAUUAUCGCAAUUUCCGUGAUCAUCCCCUUGGCGGUCAUUCUGAGCAGUAUUAUACUCUUCUGCUGCUGGCGUCGUCGGAGAAAGUCCACGACAGUGGAAGACGGCCAAGAGCCACCAGAAGCCAAAGUCCCUCCCCCGCGGCCUGCACGGCCAGACCUACCCAACUGCCAACCAGGUGCUACUGGAAGGCCUUCGCAAGAUGACAACUCUGAUGACUGGAUGAGCCCGAUUUCACCUGCAUCUGACCUCCCCAAGCUUGAACUCGGCCCUACCUGGAAUGUGGCAUCUUUCGACAAACCCGAGGACAGCAUGAUGGCAAUUCCGGAGCCUAGCCCGCCACCUCGUUCGCCUAAGCGCGCAUUUGUCCCUUUGCGAGACUCAGGCAUUGAGGACAAGCCGGUCAACAAGUCGCCCACCCGAAAGCAGAAUCAACGCCUAUCAUUCUCCGCCAGUCCCGGUGUACGCCGUCGAACUAGCAACCGUUCCCGCCGAGAACCACUCAAGUCCAUUCAACCACGGGCCAUGAAGCGUGAAUCUAUUCAGUCAUCUCGUUCAAAGCGAUACUCGAAGCGUUCCAGUGGAAUCUCAACCGUCGCCUCGGGUCUGCCUGUGAGAAUGAGUGGUGCUGGACAUGGUGCCGGUGGCUUCGGACCUCCAGGUCAUGGCUUCGUACGCAUGUCAUGGCAGAACACCAAGGCUUCAUUCAUGAGCGAUGACAGUAUUGGAAAUAUCACCCCUUUGUUCCCCCGACCUCCCCCCGCUGCUGCCCGAGCUAGACACAGUAUCGCGGAGAGCAUCCCCGAGAACACGAAGCGCGUCACAUUGAGGGCCGUCGAGCCAGAUGAGUCCACCAUCUCCGAGGCUGAUUCCCUCGAGGCAUUUGUUCACAGCCGGGCCAAGCACCGCAACUCAUCGAACCCACUCUUCUCUGCUCAAAUCAGUCGCCGCACAUCUUCCGGACUCCGGGCCCUCGAACGAGCUCGCAGCCUGCGCAGCCGUGCUGACACCGUCUCCGUGUCCACCUUUAGCGACGAAUACCGCCAAUCCAUUCAAGGCCGUCCUUAUUCCACAGCCAUGUCCGUGUCCGAGUAUGGCGACGAGAACCGGGUAUCCCAGUACCAGCCUCUACAGCCACCACCUGGUCUAUUUCCUCUCACCGAGGGUGGUGGUAAGAGUCAGAGCCAACUGAGUCUGGCACAGGACUAUCGCGGUGUUAUUUCUCCGCUUCCACGCUUCUGGAGUGAGAACAGUCUCAGCAGUGCUCGCCGUUUAGAAUCGGGAUCUCACCCCAAACCACCACAGCAACUACGUGCGGAUAUCGACUCGGGUAUUCCACAGAGCUCGUCAAUUGUGUCUGAUCUCGAAGAGCAUCUGUCUCGGAAAGCCAGUCCGCAGAAAGCGGCUGCUGCGAGGGAGAAUCAACACUGGAAUAUGGGACUUGAGCCUCCGCCUCCUCUCAGAAGCGCCAGUUCUCGGGGGCUUCCAGUUGCCAGUAGUGGCGAGAUAGCAUUUGUCUAG